AGUGGGCAAUGGAAACCAGGUGCGCACAACCUACAAACCAAAGCCAUAUUAUAUACUGCAAACCCACUCUUUCUUAUCCAACAAAUUCACCAUUCCCAAUCUUCUUCAUUUGGUUUUGUGUAUCAGCAAUGGCGAUUUCAACCCUAAAUCCUAACGCUCCUAUCUUCAUUCCUACAGAAUAUCGUGAAGUGGAGGACUUUUCUGACCAGUGGUGGGACCUCGUCCACUCUUCUCCCUGGUUCCGUCAUUACUGGCUUCGUGAAUGCUUCUCCGACCCCGACUCUACUGAUGACACUACCUAUGUGCCUUUUCUCCCUGAUAUUGAUUUUAUCUCCAACGAUUUCAAGCAAGAGGAGAAUAAGAACGAGCUGAUCACUUUGGGGAUGUUGAAAUGGAACAAAUCACGUGUUGCUGCUGAAAUCCCAAGGUAUGGGAAGAAGGUGCCGAAAAUCGUGAACGUGAAAGUGAGCCCUAGGCCUAUUCAGCAGCCAAGGUAG